AUGCCAAUUCAUAAACCAUAUGCAAGUUAUAUACGUUCAUGGAAGGCAAAAUCACCAAUUAUUCAAUUACACUUGGUUUUACUAGAAAUUGAUUCAUUUCAAGAAACCAACAAACUAGAUCAUGUAAAGAAACCUUAUAAUAAUAAUAAAUCUGUUGGAUUACCAAAAUUUCGAUAUAAAUAUUUAGAACAUAAAUUGACUUUGUACUUGGUGCAUAAUGGGCAAAUUUUUAUCCCUAUUGAAGCUUUAGAAGGAAUUGAAAAAAUUAGUGAUAGAGUUAUUUGUCUAUAUUUAAAUGAUGAGGACAAAUGUUUGUAA